AUGCUGAAGCACUGGAUGUUCGAUCCCGCCUAUAAGAACCUGAAUCAUGGAUCAUUUGGUGCCCAUCCGAUUCCUGUUAAGGACGCACAGCGUGCCUUCAUGGAUCUUGCCGAUAUACGGCCCGAUCCGUAUAUCCGCCGACACCACGCAGAGCGUCUAGAUGAAGCUCGCGAGGCGAUCGCCAAGCUCCUCAAAGCUGAGCGACAGGAGUGCGUCUUUGUUAAAAAUGCAACUACAGGCGUGGCGACAGUACUGUAUAACUUGGCCUUCCAGCCGGGUGAGGCACUCAUUUACUUUGAGCCUGUCUACGGUGCUGUUGUGAAGGGCGUUGUCUCGCUACAAGAGCAUAGCUCUUUGCAGUCCCGAAAAGUUUCUUUCCAGUUUCCCAUUACCGAAGACGAGCUAGAGCACCGUUUCCGCGAGGUGAUUCGCCAAACUCGGGAAGAGGGACUGCAAGUCCGGGCCAGUGUCUUUGACGCCAUCGUCAGUAAUCCGGGUGUGCGGUUCCCCUUUGAGCGGAUUACGGCCAUUUGUCGUGAAGAGGGAAUUUUGAGUGUCAUUGAUGCUGCGCACGGCGUUGGAAAUAUCCAUCUCGAUAUGGAGAAGCUACGACCUGAUUUCCUCGUAUCAAAUUGUCACAAAUGGCUCUACACACCCCGCAGCUGUGCAGUCCUCUACGUGCCCCGACGUAACCAGCAUCUAUUGCGCACCACUAUGCCAACAUCGUGGGGAUUCAUCUCAGCCCCGGACUCUCCGGAGACUAUCGCCUCAGUGCUGCAAGAUCCCAACGUUCCAGUGACAAAGACUGCGUUCGAGCAACUCUUCGAAUUCGUCGCCACAUCUGAUGACUCCGCAUACAUCUGCGUCCCGGCAGCGCUGAAAUUCCGCGCUGAAGUCUGCGGAGGCGAGGAUGCUAUCAUUGCCUACAACCAACGUGUUGCAAAUGAAGGUGCAGACUCUGUUGCUGCUACUCUCGGUACUGAGGUCCUGCAAGAACCUGAUCUCCAGCCUGGCGAGCAGAGUCGUAUGCGACAGUGUUCCAUGACCACAGUCCGGCUGCCUAUUGCUGUUGCUGCCGCCGGAACAGAGGGUGAAUCUCUCGAUCAUACCGCUUUGGUUGUGUUGUCUGAGCAAGAAGCUGCUAAUGCAUUUGCUUGGAUUCAGACGAAGUUGAUGGACGAGCAUAAUACUUUCCUGCCGGUUUUCCACCAUGGUAAUUGGCUAUGGACUCGUCUAAGUGGCCAGAUCUAUUUGGAGACAAAUGAUUUCGAAGCUGUUGGGGUUGUCUUGCGCGACCUUUGUGAACGGGUUGCGAAGAUGGAGUUUAAGGCUUGA